AUGUCAGAGAUCGACGACGAUUUGUAUUGGACAUGGGCGGUAACUAUGAUAGCCCCGGGUCACUACCGCAAUCCUUCCCGCCUGCCUCGCGACGACGACGACGGCAUUUUGGCCGGUUUCAAGCCCGCAAACUGCCAAGUUGCCGUCUGCACGGCGCGCUAUGACUACUAG